AUGGAAUGAUUACAUAAUGUCUAUAAAGUGAAUAAUUUCUCUUCUAGGACUUUGUGGAGAUUGGGAUACUCUGCCAGACUACUGAAAACACAUCAUUUUAGGACAGCUGUAUCAAAUAGAUCAUUUCCAGCAGUUUGGAUGCCGUUGGCACAAUCUCCUGGCAGAAUACCUGAGCUCUUUGUAGUAGCUCAAAAAAAUACUUUUUCUACCAUGCCUGAAAUCGUGGAGGAUAAAGCUAAUCCAGAACUGUACUCCCCACAUCCCGGAGUGCGUGGGAUGACACUGCUGAACAGGGAGGCUUUCAGAAGGACAGUUGUUGUUCCAGCUCUGAAAGUCAAGAAGGAAAUUGUGAACAGUGUGCUGAAGUCCCUGAAACAAUCCGUGCUGCAGCGACCCGGCCUGAAGCGAGUGGUGGAGGAUCCAGAAGAUGAGGACAGUAGACUUGUUAUCCUGGAUCCUCAUAAGAUACUGGAAUUCUCAUUGGGAGAAUCAGAGCAGCAGGUACUAAAAGAGCUGAGUGUUGAUCCUGAGGUGUCCAGGUAUAACUUGGAGCUGACUUAUGAGAACUUCAAGUCAGAGGAGAUCCUACGAGCAGUCCUUCCCCAGGGGCAGGAGGUCACCUCGGGAUUCAGCCGCGUUGGCCACAUAGCUCACUUGAACCUCAGGGAUCACCAACUGCCCUACAGACAUUUGAUUGGGCAGGUUAUAAUGGACAAGAAUCCUGGAAUCACCUGUGUAGUGAAUAAGACCAACAUCAUUGACAGCACAUACAGGAAUUUUGAAAUGGAAGUGCUUGCUGGAGAGAGCAACCUGGUAACCAAGGUCAAAGAAAAUAACAUUGCAUAUGAGCUGGACUUCUCUAAGGUGUACUGGAACCCAAGGCUUUCCACAGAGCACGGCCGUGUCGUCGAGCUGUUACGGCCAGGCGACGUCCUGUUCGAUGUCUUCGCUGGGAUCGGACCCUUUGCCAUUCCAGCAGCAAGGAAGAAGUGCCACGUGUUUGCAAAUGAUCUCAACCCUGAAUCCUACCACUGGCUCCUGCACAACUGCAAGCUAAACAAAGUAGAGAACAAAGUAAAAGCUUUCAAUAUGGACGGCAGGGACUUCCUCCGGGGGCCAGUCAGGGAAGAGCUGAGUAAAGAGCUCCCACCUUGGAAAGAAGGGCAGAAAACUGCUGUCCACAUAGUGAUGAAUUUGCCAGCUCUGGCUGUUGAAUUCCUGGGUGUGUUCAGGCAUCUCUUGGUCGGAGAGCCUUGCAGCACUGCUGACCUUCCCACUGUGCACUGCUAUGGGUUCUCCAAACAUGACAAUCCAGCCAAGGACAUUCAGGAACGAGCGGAAGCUUCGCUGGGAGCGUCCCUGGAUGGACGCUGCUCCACGCACCUGGUUAGGAACGUGGCACCCAACAAGGAGAUGCUGUGCAUCAGCUUCCAGAUCCCAGGGGAUGUGCUGUACAAGAGGCCUUGCCCCGAUGAAGCAAAACCAGCCUCAAAACGUCUGUGUACCAGCCAAGAUUCUUCUGAAAAGAAGUCACUGAGCUGA